AUGGAUGAUACAGAACUAGAACCAUCUGAACUUGGUACGCGGCCUUACUGGCAGAAAGCAUAUACAGAAGAAAUAAUAAAUUUUGAAGAGCGUGGUGACCCUGGUGAUAUUUGGUUUGGAGAAGACAGCGUUUAUCGUGUUAUUAAAUGGAUAAGUCAGCGCGGGGUACCAAAAGAUACAGCCGUAAUAGAUUUGGGUUGCGGCAAUGGAUAUACAUUAUAUCAGCUGGCUUGGAAGGGCUUCACAAACCUCCUCGGUGUUGAUUACUGUCAAGAAGCUAUUGUAUUGGCGGGGAAGGUGGCACAGAAGCAGUUCCCUUUUAUAAAGUUGCAGGUAUUCGAUAUACUUAAUGACGAUGUAAAGGAUUUAGGAGGGAAAUUUGGCUUGGUCCACGAUAAGGGCACUUAUGAUGCAGUCAGUCUUAACCCCAACAAUCCAAGAAGGCAGCGACAAAAAUAUAUAGAACAAGUGACAGAGAUGUUAGCUGACAAUGGUUUUUUCGUAAUAACUUCGUGCAACUGGACGGAGAGCGAACUGUUCAAUCAUUUCUCCGAGAAGAUGAAGUUUAAGUGCGUGAUACCGACGCCGCAGUUUACUUUUGGCGGCACAGUUGGCAGCAUGGUGACGUCCGUUGUCUUUGUGAAGUAA